AUGUCUCAACCUAAAUCUAGAUCUCCUACGCUUAAAGAUGCUUUUAAGUAUGUUAGUUAUAUCAAACAAUUGUUUCAAAGUCAACCUUCAAAGUAUAGGCUUUUUAUUUCUUCUUUGAAGUCUUUUGAUCAAGCUGAGAUUGAUCACAUAACCCUGAUCAGACGAAUGGAGUCAAUUUUUCAAGAAAAUUCUGAAUUAAUGGAUGAAUUUAUCCAGUAUUGUCCACACGAAUGGAAUCCUAUAAGAAAUAGCUUAAUUUUAGGAAAUAAUGGUUAUGGUAAUAGUAUUGCAACUUCUACUAUAAACAGAAUUGUAAGCUCUCCCGCUAAAAAAAACGGAAUAAAUGAUACUUACGAUGAUAAGAAUAACAUAAUAAAAAUAGUGACGAAAAAACCUCGUAUGGCACAAGAAUUUGAUGGUAGCUCUUUGAACGCCCCUAUUGCAAUGGAUACUGUACCUUCUAAACCCGUUCAAUCUAAAUCAAAGGGCAAGCCAUCAAAAAAAAGUGCAUCGAGUACCGUAGAAAAGGAUUUCUUGGUUUCAAAGAGAAAUGAAGCCUUUACAAAAAUCCAAGAAUCCAAUGAUUCUUUGGAUUCUGAUCAAUCGAUCAAUGUGUCAUCUAUCAGCACCUUUUCAUCACGACAGUCUUCAUUUUCGUGCGCCUUCAAUGAAGACUCUUCAGUUGAAAUGGAUAAAAUCCAAGAAACGCUAAAAGACUUUCAACCUGCAUCCGACGUAUCAAAUCCGACAACACCUUUGCGAAGAAGUACAAGAAUUC